GACUGAUUUAUCUUUGUUGGUUGGCAGUCCUCCUGAGCCUGAGGAAGCACUUAAAGGGAAAGAAGUAGGUCCUGAUGCAUUCGUCAAAUACUCUUUACCCUCUUACUAAACUAUUCUAGUUGUCAUACCUGCUAUUUUUAGACUGGAAAUAGAUUGCCUUUUCUAAACCAAAUAGCCCUUUACUCAACCGCUAGUUUCUACUCAUUCAGAGGAAAAUUUUGAUUUGAAUGCCUGCUGUUUAUACGACAGUCUUCUGUUCUUAGUGCCUUUUCUGCGUUGGUUGGUAGGGAUACAUCUCUAGAUCUAAAUGGAGAUGGAGAAAAGUCGACACAGAUCAGGCUUAGGCUUCUCCAAAAAAUGUGAUGGAAGGGAAAGGGUCUUGGGAAGGGUGAGCUAGGAAUUGUUGAGCCUAUAAAAUUUAGGAUGAAUUACAACAGACCAGUGAUUGGAGAAGAUGUUACUUAUGAUAUUGAUGACACUGAAGAGAAUCAACUAGAUAUUGAAAGACGAUUGAGGUGGCAGCAGCAGGAUCAGAUAAGCUUUUCCACAGUGAACGAUGAAAUAAUAGCAAAAGCUGAAUGGAGCAUCAAUAUGAAUGGAUUGUGGAAGUUGUAACUUUUUCAUACAGGUUUGUACUCUUCAUUGUUGUUUUAACUUGUUAGGAAUAUGAAUUUUGAGAAUUAAACGUGCAUAUUCUCCUUCUCCCUUUAUAUUGGGAAAAUGGAUGGUUCUAAUUUGACCUGAAAUCUAUGAUGUGUAAAUCCUCUUAAAAACUUGGUCAAAAUUUUCCUCUAAUUCCAAUUGCAUUUGAUGAGGAUGUGUCAAAACUUAGCUUUGGUAGAGGUCAGAGGAACCAUUGUUCCCCUUUUCUGCAGUGGUUUGUCAAUAGAGGAAUGCUUGCCCUCCUCUCUUUCUCUCCACUUUCUGGUAUGUGACCUGGAGAGUUUGAGUGCCUUAUCCACAUACAUGCAUCGCUGGAGCUGCCUAUGGCAUUAUUUACUAUCCCUAUCUUACAGGAAAAAAAUUCACAUCCAGAAUACAUGGCCUUACUAAAUAGUUGUCUUCCCUGGUACCUGCUGCGGUGAAAGCCUGGCACUAGAUUUUGUGGCAAUGCAAUUCAAAUUUGUUACGGAAUUAUGAACAUUUCACAUGUUUUUGGAUGUUAAACCCAUGCAUAUGCUGAAUGAUAUGCUUGAAGAUUAAAAAUUUCCUAUAAUUUUUUAAGCUUUUUUUAGUUGAAAGGAGUGUUUAGUCUUCUGUAGGGUAUAUGAGUAUUCUAUCCAUGUUCACGGAUGUGCUUUGUUCUCAGUACAUAACUAAUUUGUAAACUGACUUCUAAUGCACAGGCAUACCACAGAUUUAUUGGAGCACAUGAUGGCUCCAUCUCAAAUCUUAUGGCAACAUAAAUUUGGCAUUUUAAGGUAACAGAAUUUGUUCCAAAACUUUCUAACGCUUUCAAGAAACCAAAACGGUUUUG